UUUGUUUAAUGAACCUCUAGUUGCUGCCAACGAAGCCAGACGUCAGAGGCCUCCAGGGUGGGCGAGCCACCGCCAGGGCGGAUUAACCCUGGCCCCGUCUCCGUGUGUGUGCAGCAGCCCGUCUUUGCCUACAGAGAAGCGUUGCCGUCCCUUGUCUAGGGAUGAGGAGUGGCGUCCGUGAGCGCCUUCCGGCCUAGCCCAGGCUGCGAGACGUCAGUCCUCCUCCUUCAGCAUCUCCCGCUGGUUGUCUUCGCCCAAGGAACCUCCUUCCCCGUGGCUGGUGGUGGCCAGCGGGCAGAGCCCGCCUACGUCACUGCCCCAAAGGAAGGGCUUCUGUUGCAGGACCAAGAUGAUGUCUUCUCCUUCUCUGAACAGCCAGGCCGUGGUCACCCACGUCCUCGUAGCCCUCUUUGGGAUGGGCUCUUGGGUCUCUGUGAACUCCCUGUGGGUGGAGCUGCCUGUGGUGGUGAACAGGCUCCCAGAAGGGUGGAACCUCCCUGCCUACUUGUCGGUCCUGAUCGCCUUAGGGAACGUGGGCCCCGUGAGCGUCACCUUGGCCCACCACUUUGCCCCCGGGCGGCUGAAGGAGCAGUGGCUGAUCCACGCCAUCCAGGCCCUGGCCGUGGUGGCUGCCCUCUUCCUGGCCCUCUUCUGGGACUACACGGCCGUGGUGGCCGGCGAGCGGCACAGCCUGGCCUACCUGGUGCUGACCUUCGUCCUCUCCCUGGCCUGCUGCACCUCCAACGUCUCCUUCCUGCCCUUCAUGUACCAGUUCCCGCCGCUCUUCAUCCGCACCUUCUUCAUCGGGCAGGGGCUGAGUGCCCUCCUGCCCUGCGUCCUGGCGCUGGGGCAGGGCGUGGGGCAGGUGGAGUGCCUCAACGACACCCAGGGCGGCAACGGAUCCCUGCCCCACUACCUGGAGGAGAACUUCUCGGCCAACACCUACUUCUGGCUGCUGGUGGGCCUGCUGGCCAUCUCGGCGCUGGCCUUCCUGGCCCUCGUGGUGUGGCACCGGCGGAGCGGCGCUCCUCCUGAGAAGACCAGCUCCAAGGACAGCGUGGGGACCGAGGAGUCUUUCCCCCUCCAGACAGAUGAGACCCCCACCUCGGACCAUGGCACGGCAGACAGGGCCUCCGGAGAGUCUCCGGCCCAGCCUCCUGCCCCUUUCUGGACUGGGAAGAACCUCUUCCUGCUGGUUCUGCUGGGGGUGUCCAACGCCCUGACCAAUGGCGUCCUGCCCUCCGUGCAGAGCUACUCCUGCCUGCCCUACGGGGACAUGGCCUACCACCUCUCGGUGGUGCUCAGCAACAUCGCCAACCCCGUGGCCUGCUUCCUCGCCAUGUUCCUGCUGUGCAGGUCGUCCCUGGGCUUGAGCGUCAUCUCGGCUGCCGGUUGCGUCUUUGGGGCCUACCUGAUGGUGCUGGCAGCCCUCAGCCCCUGCCCGCCACUGGUGGGCUCGUCCCUCGGCGUCGCUCUGGUGGUCGUCUCCUGGAUCCUGUUCAUGGGCCUCUUCUCAUACCUGAAAGUGGUGAUCGGAAGCUUGCUGCACGAGGCCGGCCACAGCGCCCUGGUCUGGUGUGGGGCCGUCAUCCAGGCGGGCUCCUUGGUGGGGGCCCUGUCCAUGUUCCCCCUCACCAGCAUCUACCACCUCUUCCAGAGCGGCAGGGACUGCGUGGACAACUGCCCGGCGUGAGCUGGAAGAAUGCCCGCUGGGCCUGACCCCUGGGGACCGGGACCGGCUUUCCAAAGGUCUCUCGGCCCCUCUCCAGGUGCAGCUGCAGCCGACCCUGGUAGCCCUUGAGCCGGCCUUCUUCGCCUGCCUGCCUGCCUGGGGGAUCUCCCGGACUCUCUUCUAGCUCUGAGGGGGACCGGCUGCCUCCUCUGGACCCGGCACCGA